CAACAUCUUCAAUUAAUACACUUUAACGAAAGACAAUCAUUAUGGCCGCUGAACAGAGAAAGCUGCUCGAGCAGCUCAUGGGCGCAUCCUCGACAUCCCGCGCUGCUCAGCUCUCCCUAACAGACCCCAAAGUCUGCCGCUCCUACCUCGCAGGAACCUGUCCUCACGACUUGUUCACGAACACAAAACAAGACAUUGGUCCCUGUCCAAAGGUACACAAUGAGGGAUUGAAAACCGAGUACGAGGCCCUAUCAGAUCGAGAGAAGCAGAAAUAUGGAUUCGAGUACGAUUAUAUGCGCGAUCUGCAAAAGUACAUCGAUGAUUGCAACCGACGAAUCGAUGCUGCGCAGCGGCGAUUGGAGAAGACGCCUGAUGAGAUUCGACAAACCAGUGUCCUACUCAAAAGCAUAUCUGAGCUCACAGACUCCAUCAACAACGGCCUCCUCGAAGUCGAAGUCCUCGGUUCCAUGGGCGAAGUCUCCCGCGCACAAGACGAGCUGUUCCGCGUCCGUCAAGCCAGCCAAUCUAAAGCCGACCGCGAAAAGGAGCUCAAAGCUCUUUCCGACACAUCAGGUCCUUCAGGUCAUCAAAAGCUCCAAGUCUGCGAUGUCUGUGGUGCCUACCUCAGUAGACUUGAUAACGAUCGUCGCCUCGCCGAUCACUUUUACGGAAAGAUGCACUUAGGAUAUGCGCAGAUGCGAAAGACCUACGAUGCGUUUCCCAAGGAGAUGAAGGGUCGCUCGAGGGCGCCCAUGGACGACGAUGGUCCUGGUAUGGGCGGACCUAGAGGGCCCCGUGGCUCAGGAGGGUACAGGAGUGGUCGCGGUGGAAGGGGAUACAGAGGAGGAUGGUAGUUUACGACUAAUAUUUGCUUACUGGGUACGGAUAGUAUCAAGGCGUUGGGGCGCUGCAUAAAAUAGAUGGAAAUUGAGAAAGAAAGAGUUGGUUUGGGGAGCAUGGAUGCCAAUACCCUUUCUAGACCGCGCAGCUCAGCGAUUGAGCGAACGAAAACGUAGAAGUUUUACAAUCUCG